UAUAAUGUUGAGCUACUUUAUUCAAGUUUCUCGCGCUCCUCAAAAUCCAUUUGCUGUGGUUUGGCAACCGGAUGAUUUGGCAACACUGGAAGCUGCGUCGACGUGAACGAAAAACUAACAGUCUGCUAUGAGAGAGAGUUGGUACUUUGGCUGAGGAAAACACAGGAAUCCUUGAGCCUUGGAAAGAACAGUGAUCAUGAGUAUCGCAUGGUGAUACAACCGCUGAUCUUGCCUGCCGGGGUGAAGUUAGCGCUGCAGAAGGGUGGACCAAGAUGUCCCUGGACCAGGUGAACGGCAAGGCAGAGGAGGAAGAGACAUCCUUUGACACCGUGCUUGUUGCUUCCUCAUAUCCUGUCACCGUCGCAGCCAACGGCACUCAUGAUGAGCCUGAGGAGACCCUGCUGGAAGAGCCUGAGAAGCGAUAUGUGCUGGAGACCCCUGAAGAAAGAAGAGGACGCCGCAUCUCCCACUUGGUCCUCUACACCACAUCCUUCAACGUGUGUGUUGGUUUCUCCAUCGUGUUGACCGGCGUCUGGCCAUACCUGCGGCAGCUGGACCCUGGAUUGUCGAAGGACAUGCUUGGGUGGGUGAUCGCCGCUAACCCGAUCGGCCAGAUGAUCGCCUCGCCGCUCUUGGGGAUAUGGAGCAACUGGGCAGGAUCUAAUAGGAGUGCCUUUAUAAUCACUAUGGCACUGUUCUCCCUGGGUAACCUGCUGUACGCCAUACUGAACGUAUUUGGCAGUGCAGCCCUUGCUGUCAUGAUCACGUCUCGCCUCAUCGUCGGCUUCAGCUCAGGCAACAUAGUCAUCAUUCGCUCCUACAUCUCUGCUUCUACCACUCUAAAGGAGAGAACCACUGCUGUGAGUCUCACUUCUGCAGCCCAAGCUGUUGGAUUCAUUGUUGGACCAGCCAUCCAGACAGCACUGGCUGUUGCCAUGUCUGAAGAUACAAGUGAGGCCACCAAUUCCACAACUGUGAUUGUUACUGAAGAGAUGGAGGAGGCAGUAGUUGACAGCACAAGUAUCCAGUGGAACAUGUACACAGCCACAGGAUGGAUUAGCUGUGUUCUUGGACUCCUCAACUUGCUUCUCUUUCUUCCGUGCAUCUAUAAGGAAUACAACAUUGCUGCCAAAGAAGCUCAAUACCAGAAGCGUGCUGCCAACAUUGAAGCAUCAAAGCUCCCAAAGCCAGACUAUGUUUCUCUGUUUGUUAUUCUGGUCACAUUCUCUUUUACUGUGAUGAUAUAUGUUCUGCUGGAAACUUUAAUGGUGCCUAUGUGUAUGGAUUUGUAUGCAUGGAAUGAUGAAAGGGCAGUUAUGUUGGUGGGCUCUGGCCUUAGUAUUGCAGCAGUUAUGUGUGUCUUAACUUUUGUUUUACUGAGCUUCACUUCAAAAGUAAUAGAUGAGCGUAUUAUAUUACUUGUUGGUGUUGCUGCACAGAUGUUAGCAAUGAUUAUUUUAAUUCCAAUGGGAAGUACUUACCCUAAAAUAAAAAACUGCACUUCCAUUGAUCCAAUCAGAAACCAUUUUAAUGAAUCACUAAGAAAUAGUGAUCCAUUCCAUUUUAUGUCAUCUUCAGAUAUUACCAUAGGUAAUGUCAGUGAGAUGUUAAAUUUACCAGGAACAAAUGAAGAUGGUGUUAUGCUUCCAGAAACCUUAGCUAAUAAAUCAUUAGGUCUGUUAGAUCUUCCACUUUUAAGGAACACAACCAGAAAGGCUGUAGUACCAACUACAUCAGAAAGUGGUGUGCCCUUGCCCAUGCCUUCAGAGAGUUCUAAAGCUCUGAGACGUCAGAAGCGGCAUGUGAUUCAUGAUGGUGAUUGUGAGGACACUGGUUGCCCACCUGAACAGGAAUGGUGCUUUUAUACUCCCAUUAUAGAACUACCUCAACUAAUAGUAGGAAGUGUUUGUGCUGUCAUUGGUUAUCCAGUGGUCUUUACACUUGCAAGUACCUUGUAUUCAAAAAUUUUGGGACCAAAGCCCCAGGGGCUUUGGAUGGGACUCUUGAUAAGUAUUGGCAGCUUGUCUCGGGCGACUGGGCCAAUUGUAGUUUCUUACUUUUACACUGAAUUAGGUACACGCUGGACUUUCACUAUACUAAGUUGUGCACUGUUUCCUAUUCUUGUGAUUGAUGCUAUAAUGUACAAAAAAUUAGUGCCUAUGGAUGUUCUCAAAAGGAGGUAGUAUAUGAUGUCUUAAUUAUACAAAAUUACUUCUGAAAAGUUUCCUUUUAUGUUAGAUAAUCUUUUGUUAAUGUACUUAAUACAUAUCUUAAGCAAUGAGUUCUUGGUUCUGUGUGUUGCUUUUUGCUAAAUUUUAUGUAGUGGUAACAUGUCCAAUGCAGUAUUUUCUAUCUUUUUGUUAUCUACCAUAUGUAUAUCUAAUGUGUGUUCCUAAAAAAUUCCCAAAGGGAAUGUUGUGACAAAGAAUUUCCAGUUAUUCCUAUUCUUGCACUUUUUCCUUGCAUAUUCUAGUAUGACUUUCUUCCUCCCUACUCCUUAUCUCUCACAUUAUCAAACACUCUAUUCUGCCAUUUCAGUGGAGGUUAUCUUUUUUGCACCCAUUACAUUUACUAAACUCAUGUACACUCCCCAUGUCAUCUCACUGCUGUUCUUUAAUUGUAGUCAUACUGAAUGAGUGAGCUGUGCUUGAUCCCUUCAACUUCUCAGCUCUUCAUUUCUUUAGCAUUGCUUAACAACUCUAUUGUACACAUUUUUAUUAUUUUGCCAUCAUGCACCUUUGUUUCAUUUAGCACCCACCUCACUUGUCAGUGUUGCUACAAUUAGUCCUUCAUGAAAGCUGAUUUUACAUCUGUGUAUACUGUUCUUUCUGAUAUUGCAGAAGGUGCUAUCCAUAAUUAAUGGGAUUGCUGCUCCCAUGUAAGUAUCAAUAUUAGUAGUACAAGUUUAUCUUAGAAGUCAUUCUAUAUAAUACCAUUUGAGUGAGUGUACAAUGUUUUCAUCUCCUUAUAUUUGAAAUUGUGUGUGGGGUUUGUGGCAAUUUUGCAGUGAAUCUGAGAAAGGAACAGCAAGUAUGCAUGAAAUUUUGUAUAGAUCUCAAGAACAGCACAACAGAGAACUUGACAAUGUCUGCACAAGUGUUCAGGAAAGAAAGUACAAGCCAUAUUUAGGUAUUUGAAUGGCAUAUUUGGUUUAAGGCUGGUCAGACAUCCAUUGGCAAUGAUGAACAUACAGGGAGGCCCAUCAGCUCCACAAUGCUCAACAUUGUUUUCAAAGUCCAACAGCUCAUUUGUGAGAAUCAAUGUCAGACCAUUCAUGACCUUGCUUAUGUGGUGAGUACUGGUUAUGGGACAUGCCAGUAGAGUCUGACUGUUGAUUUGGGCACGCAUCAUGUCACUGUCAAAUUUGUAUUGAGGAUGCUGACUGCUGAUCAGAAGCAAAAGCAUAUUGAUAUCUGCCAGGAGCUUCAACAGGCCAUCUCUAAUGAUGCAACCAUCUUAUCUAGGAUUAUCACAGAUGAUGAGAGCUGGUUUUACAGCCAAUUCCUGAAACAAAAGCAACAGUCCUCCCAGUGGAAAAGUCUGUGCUCACACACACACACAAAAAAGAAAAAAAAAAAAGAGGAUGGGGCAAAGUGAACAGCAUGCUCAUGAUUUUUUUAUAACAUCAAAAAGAUUGCAUACAAACAGUGUCCAGAAUCCCAAACAGUCAAUUUCUACAUUUCCACCUGCUGUCAUGUUUUGUAGUGGCUGCAUGAAAAUGUGUAAAGAUGUCAUCCUAGUAUGUUGCAACAAAAGAACUGGCUAUUGUAUCACAAAAAUGCAGUGCCUCACACUUCUCUCUUCACCUAGGACUUUAUGGCCAAUAAACAACACCACUGUUAUACCCAACCCACCCUACUCAGCUCACUUGGCCCCCUGAAGAUGAAGUUGAAAAGGUUUUGACUUGGUUGAAAUAAUCUGAGCAGAAAUGGAGGCAGUGAUCAACACCCUCAAAGAACAUAACAUUCAGGAUGCAUUAAAGAAAUGGUAGAAUGGCUGGAACGGGUGUAUACUUGCAGAAGGUGACCAGAUUCUUUGAGAGUGAUGGCAACUACAGUAAUAUGCUCAAGGUUAGUUUUUUAACCAGAUGGUAGCAGCAGUCCUGAAAAUUUUAGACAGCACCUAUGCCCUGGAACUCCAACAAACUUUGCACCAUUGUUAUUCUCAUCUUACCUUCCAUCUUUUAUGUAAUCAAACCAAGAUAUCUAAAUUUUUUUCUAUUCAGUCUAAUUUGAUGUUACCUAAUUGAGUUUUUACUUUAUAUGGAUGCUCAGAGUUAACUUUUUUUUUUUUUUUUUCAUUCAGACAUCAUCAUCAUACUUUUGUUUAAGUUCAUCUUCAACCUUUCCCCUUCACUUGCAUUACCAAACAUAGUCAAGAAGACCAUGGAGUGAGUGGCUCAGUUAACUGAUGAACACAGGCACAAAGCUUUAAUUUCCAAACUACCCUCCUACAGCUUCUAUCCUUCUCUCUAUAACUUUAUCUUAAGCUUCCUUUCUGACCAUUCUAUUGCUGCUGUGGUAGACAGUCACUGUUCUUCUCUGAAAUUUAUUAACAGUGGUGUUCCUCAGGGUUUUGUCAUGUCACCCACUCUCUUAUUAUUCAUCAAUGAUUUUCUAAGCCAAACUUCUUGUCCCAUCCACUGCUAUGCUGAUGAUAAUACCUUGCAAUUUUCCACAUCAUUUCAUAGAUGUCCAGCCCUUCAGGAAGUAAACAGUUAAUGCUGGGAAGCCACAGAAUGCCUGAUUUCUGAUCUCUCUAAAAUUUCUGAUUGGGACAGAGCAAACUUAAUAUUGUUCUAUGCCUCAAAAACUCAAUUCCUCCAUAUAUCAACUCAACACAACCUUCCAGACAACUAUCCCCUCUUCUUCAGUGACACUCAACUGUACCUCUCUUCUACAUCUAACAUCCUUGGUCUGUCCUUUACUUAUAAUCUACACUGGAAACUUCACAUUUCAUCUCCAGCUAAAACAGUUUAUAUAAAGUUAGGCAUUCUGAGUCAUCUCUGCCAAUUUUAUCUUAUUUCCCCCCAACCCCCAAGCUGCUAACUCUUUACAGGGGCCUUAUCUGUCCAUGUAUGGAGUAUGGUUCACAUGUAUGGAGUGGGGUGCAGAAUUCCACUCAUACUGCUAUUUUAGACAGGGUAGAAUCAAAAGCUUUUCAUCUUAUCAACUCCUCUCCUCUAACUGACUGUCUUCAGCCUCUUUCUCAUCACUGCAGUGUUGCAUCUCGCUAUCUUCUACUGCUAUUUUCAUGCUAACUGCUCUUCUGAUCUUGCUAACUGCAUGCCUCCCCUCCUCCUGCAGCCUCACUGCACAAGACUUUCUUCUUUCUCUCAUCCCUAUUUUGUCCACCUCUCUAAUGCAAGAAUUAACUAGUAUUCUCGAUCAUUCAUCUCUUUCUCUGGUAGACUCUGGAACUCUCUGCCUGCUUCUGUAUUUCCUCCUUCCCAUGAAUUGAACUCUUUCAAGAAGGAGGUUUCAAGACACUUAUCCUUCAGUUUUCGAUGAUUCUCUUUACAUCUCUUUUGGGACUGGCACCACAGUGGGAUUUUUUUUCCUCUUUUUUGUUUCUCUUGGCCAGUGAUCCUCUUAUAUAUAUAUAUAUAUAUAUAUAUAUAUAUAUAUAUAUAUAUAUAUAUAUAUAUAUAUAUAUAUAUAUAUAUAUAUAUAUGUAUAUAUAUAUAUAUAUAUAUAUAUAUAUAUAUAUAUAUAUAAAAGAAGAUUACAUCAGUUUGUCCACUUGGAGAAAAGGGAUUAGAAUGAGUAGAUGAUAUACAAGUGUAAAUAUUUUGAUGCUGAAAUUAUGGUGGUAAUAGAUAGACCAAAGACAAGGGUUUAGAUUCUGAGGAAGGAGGAGCUUAAAAGCCAGAUGACUGUCAAAGUCAGUACAUAUCUAUGCAGUUUGGUGAGGUAGUUUUAGGAAACCAAGCUUGUUCCAUGUAAUCAUGGAUGCCGUCUUUCAGAAUGUCAUGUAAUGAACAUGCAGGAUGUUAAAUAUAUAAAAAGUGUAAGGAAAGCAUUCUGUUUGGAAUCAUUCUCAUAUGCAACUGUAAACAGUAACAUUACAGACUGGUUAACACUUUUUCUUUAUUGCACCUACAAUUACAGCUUGAGAAUACUUCAGCAAAGAUUAGAUAUCCUACAUUGUAAAGUGAGUGCCUUUAUUUUUUAUGCAGUAUUAAAUGCUUGGUACAAAAAGUUAUAUUUAGGGUGAAAAGGUAUUAAAUGAAUUAUACAUUUUGUGCAUGCAAAUUGUACAUUCUGGACUUAUGGACUCUAGUUCUAGUUCUCAGUACACUGUUCAUCACAUGAAUCAUCAUCUUUGUGUUCAUAAUACCUUACCAACUCUUCAGCUGAUUUUAUAUGGUGUGUCAGUCAGUUCAGUGAAAAUUGUAAUUGGUGGGUAUUUAGUUUUCAGUAGUUACUUCUUCAUUUCCACAUAGUCAGUAUUAUUUAGUUAUGUAAUAUAAUGCACUACUAUGGUAUUGUUUUUGUAGCAUUUUAUCAUAAGAAAACAUUUAUAAUAUAUAAUUUCUUAAUUGCAGGGUAACAACAUUUCUUCACAAAUGUUAAAUUAUCCAUUGAAAGUUUCCUUAAACAUCAACAAUGUAUGUAGUUGAAUAUUUGUGGAUGGUUGGAAAACUUUUUAAAGCUUGAUUUUUUUUCCUAUCUUAAUCAAACUUUCUUUUAUUCAUGUGUACUUGUUUCCUAUUCAUUUUUAUUUCAAUACAUACUUAUUUCUUUACUUUUGUAUCUGAAAGUGAUAUAAAUCUUUACCCAAGAGAGGCCUUAGUCAAGGAUUGAGCACCUAACCAGAUCCACAUUGCAGUGUCUGCAAUGUGGAAAUCAUGAUGAUUGUCAGCUCCUAAGAUAAAUUUGAGGAUCUUUGUAGUUCCAGCUCUCACACAGUUUCCUACCUCCAUUUAGAUAAUUUUCUAGUGUUUCAGUUGUUCUUUUACUGUGAACACAUUAGACUUCUAUCUUCUUUUAGGUUGAACUUAUUCUGAGAGAAUGUUGGGCGAUCCUCACCCAAAUACAUCAUUGUACCAGUUCAAUAUACGUAUAGCGAUCUUUACUGCUGCUGCCAAUGAAAUAACUCCCUGGGCCCUCAAAAAAAAAUAAAUAAAUAAAAAAAAAAAAAAUAAAUAAAUAAAUAAAUAAAUAAAUAGAAAUAAAAAUAAAAAUAAAAAUAAGCAAAAAAAUAAAUAAAAAAAAAUGAAGACAAGAUGAAUCUUUAGCCAUGAGAAGGUGUAGCCAGGGAUUGAAUCUCAGAUUGGAACAUCAAAGGUUAGAUGCUGGUCUAAUUGCCUUGCAGUUGUAUAUGAAUGCAGUUAUCAUGUAAAACAUUUCAGCUUAUCUUUUUAUUCAUGGGCAGCAAAAUGCUAUAAUUAUUAUUUUGGAAUAUAGUGAAGUACAUUCAGGGAUCCUACAAGUUCAAUCUUUGCUUUCCUGGUUAAGUACCAUGGAAUAGAGGAGUUAUGGAACUUGCACAUUAUGUUUGCAUGUUAAGGUGAUUUUUUUUGGCAUAACAUAUAUAAAUUAAAUGAGGAUGGAGAAAACUCUUACAACAAGUGUUCUAAGAACACAGGUUGUUCAGAAAGAGCAAGAAGUGUUGCAAUAGUUUAGACAUGUGAAGAGAAUGAAAGAAGACUUCCAGAUUCCACUGUAAAUGCAUACAUAACUAUAUGAGUUUGGGACACAUUCAAGUUGAAGGUGGUAGAAAUAGUUCAAUAUGUAAUUGUGAAAUUGUAUUAUCUGAAGAUAAAAAAAAUAAUCUGUAACAGAAGUCCUUGGGAUUUUAUUUUUUUUGUGUUCUUACCUAAUUUUAUUUUUACAGGAUUGAGUCAAGCUUGUAAUGUAAUGUCUUUUAAAGUUAAUUUGUCAUAUUUAUCUUUAAAGCUGUGAAUACUCCUUGUACACACAACUUCAUCAGUCAAUGAAUUACAUUGGCUGAUUGCUCUGUCAGGAAAAACUGUAUUUCUUCACAUCUUUGCUCUUUUUUUUUUUUUUUUUACAAUUUCUUAUUAUGCCCUCUUAGUGCUGAUUAAGUGUGUGUAUUUACCUAGUUGUAUUUACCUUGUUGUAUUAUAUGGGACAUAGGCCAAAGCUCAUUUUGUCCUGUCUCCAUAUCCAUAUUUAUCCAGUUUCUCUUAAAAUGUGUGUACACUGUUUGCUGCAACCACCUCUUCUUUCAAAUAAUUCUAGAUUUUAAUAGUUUGAUACGGGAAGCUGUAUUUCUUGAUGUCAUUUGAACAUCCACUCUUCUUUAUUUUCUUCCCAUGCCUCCUUAUACUUCUCUCUCCCUCCUUUAUCUGUAGUAUCAAGUCAUUUGUCUACUCUUUCUAUAUUGUUUACUAAUUUGUACAUUGUUAUCAGUGCCCCUCUUUCUCUUUUCUCUUGUAGUGCUGAUAAUCCCAUCUCUUCAAGUCUUUCUUCAUAGAUUAAGUCUUUCAGUUCUGGUACCAUCUUUGCAGCUAUCCUCUGUAUUCUUUCCAGUUUUCUUGUGUGUAUUUACCUAGUUGUAUGUACCUAUUUCUGUUUUACAGGAAAAGAGCUAUGCUCAUGCUGUCCUGUCUCCAUAUCUAUAAGCAUCCAGCUUAACUUUAGAUUCAUGAAUAUUUAUUGCUUGUACCACUGUUUCAUCUAAGUUGUUUCAUAUUUCUAUGCUUCUGUUUGGGAAACCAUAGUUCUUGAUAUCUCUUCUACUUGCUGUUUUCCUCAAUUUCACUCCAUGUCCUCUUGUAUCUCUUGAGCCCUACACAAAUAAAUCUUCUUUGUCAACUUGAUUCUUACCCUUUAAAGCUCUGUAUAUAGCAAUCAGAUCCCCUCAUUCUCUUCUCUCUUGUAAUGAUGGAAGCUUCAAUCUCCUUAAUCUUUCUUCAUAGGUUAAAUCUCUCAAACUUGGUACCAAUUUGGUUGCAGCUCUUUGGAUCCUUUCUAUUUUCCUUAUUUCCUUUUUAUUAUGGGAUGACCAAACAACUGUGGCAUAUUCCAGUUUUGGUUGAAUCAUAUAUUCCAUCACUUUUUCAUCAUCUCUUCAUCCAUGUAAGCAAAUGCCCCUUUCAUCUUUCUUAGCAACUCAUAGGUUUCCCCAACUAUUUUGUUUACAUGUUUUUUGGAUGAUAAAUUAUCACUUAUUGUAAUUCCCAGAUCUUUUUCUUUUUUUGUUUUCUUAAUUUUCACUUCUCCCAUGGUGUAGGAACUUGUCUGUCUUCUUUUGCUUUUUCCUAAUUCCAUCACCUUGCAUUUCUUUGCAUUGAAUUCCAUUUCCCAUUUCUUACUCCAUUUAUAUAUCUUAUUUAGAUCUUUCUGUAAUAUUUCACAGUCCAUUUUGAUUUUCACUCUUUUCAAUAAUUUUGCAUUGUCUGCAAACAGACUCAUAUAACUGUCAACCUCAUCCACCAUAUCAUUGACAUACACCAGAAACAUUACGGGGGCUAAGACUGUCCCCUGUGGUACUCCACUUGUAACUCUACACCAUUCAGAUUUUUCUCCCUUUAUUACUGUUCUCAUUUCUCAGUCCCCCAAGACGUCUGUAAUCCAAUUCAGUGUGUUGCCUCGCAAACCCCCUAUAUUUUGAAUUUUCCAUAGCAGUCUUUGGUGUGGUACCUUAUCAAAUGCUUUAUUUAGCUCUAAAUAAACACAGUCUGCUCAACCCUCUCUCCCUUGAAUUAUAUCAGUUGCUCUACUAUAAAAGCUCACUGAAUUCGUGACACAAGAUCUUCCACUUCUGAAACCAAAUUGUCUGUCAGUCAAUGUAUGUGUUUCUUCUAAAUAUUCCAUCCAUUUGUUUUUAACGAUUCUUUCUGCUAUUUCUGCCACCACACUUGUUAGGGACACUGGUCUGUAAUUCAGUGGAUCUUCUUUAUUACCUCUUUUAAAAAUGGGCACAAUAUUGACUCUCUUCCAGUCUAGAGGGAUUUUUCCUUCCUUAAAAGAACAUACUAUGGUAUUGUGUAUAUUUCCUGCCAGUUGUUCACAACAUUCCUUAAGUAUCCAGUUGGACAUUCCAUCUGGUCCUUGAGCCUUACAUCCAAAAAUGUGUGUGUGUGUGUGUGUGAUUCACCUACGGUCGUCUGCUGGUCACCCAGCCAGCUAUUCCCCUAUGGAAAGAGCUCAGAGCUCAUAGUGACCGAUCUUUGGGUAGGACUGAGACCACUGACACACCACACACCGGGACAGCAAGGUCACACCCCUCGGGUUACAUCCCACACCUACUUGCUGCUAGGUGAACAGGGGCUACACAUUGAGAGGUUCGCCCAUUUGCCUCACCAUACCCGGGAUUCGAACCCGGGCCUUCUUGGUUGUGAGUCGAGCGUGCUAACCACUACACUCUGCAGUGUGUGUGUGUGUGUGUGUGUGUGCAUUUACCUAGUUGUAUUGUACAGGGCAUGAGCCAAGGCUCAUUUUGUCCAGAGUCCAUAACCAUAUUUAUCUGGUUUCUCUUUACACAUGUGUACACUGUUUGCCACAACCACCUCUUCCAUCAAAUCAUUCCAGAUUUCAGUGGUUUGAUAUGGAAAGCUGUAUUUCUUGAUGUUGUUCGAAUAUCCACUCUUCUUUAUUUUCUUCCCGUGCCCCUCUCAUCCAUCUCUCUCCCUCCUUCAUCUGUGGUACCAAAUCAUUUCCAUCUAUUCUUUCUGUAUUGUUUACUAAUUUGUACGUGUAUCUACUUAAUCGUAUUUACCUAGUUGUGGUUUAUGGGAGGGGAGUAAUCUCAUAAUACCCCGUCUCUGUAUCUAUCCAGUUUAGUCUUAAAAUCAUGGACAGUUUUGGCAUUCACAACUUCUUCACUGAGUUCAUUCCAUUUGUUCAUACUUCUGUGAGGAAAACAAUACUUCUUGAUGUCUCUUCUACAGUUAACUUUCUUCACAGUGGUACUCUGUGUGCAUGUGUGUGUGUGUGUGUGUGUGUGUGUGUGUGUGUGUGUGUGUGUGUGUGUGUGUGUGUGUGUGUGUGUGUGUGGGGAGGACUGCCAGCUAUGAAUAAAGGAAAGUGAUAAUAUUGAUCUCAUGAAAAGGCAUGCAGAUGUCAAGAACAGAGAUGUAUUUUGUGUUCAAUGGGGAACCAGUGAGUUUCGAAUAGUGCAGAAUACAUAAGAUCACUAUAUUUUUAUGUGAAUAUCAUUCUUAUUAAAGGUAUUCAUAUGGAUCAUACAUUACAGUUACGUACAUACAGUAGGGUACAUGACAAUGAACAUGGUUCGUUCCAAUGUAGCAUUCGUUAUGGUGAAUGUGCAUUAUGGUGACUGAAGAACCUAUGGGAAAAAAUUAAUUGGUACCAGGGAACCAGACAGUAAUACAAGUAAUUCCACAAUUUUUGAAAUAAUACAUAAAAAUGAGCACACUUGCACUACUGAAUUUAAGAUAACACAACAAAUAUAUACAGUACUUUUCUGAGUUUCACGCUUAGCCCUAAAUUCCUACCAUCCCAAGUCUUGCACAUUAUCACCCAAAGUUUCAUGCACACACACAUACAGUAAGCCCUCAUAAGUCAGAGCCUUUCUCUCUCUCUCUCUCUCUCUCUCUCUCUCUCUCUCUCUCUCUCUCUCUCUCUCUCUCUCUCUCUCUCUCUCUCUCUCUCUCUCUCUCUCUCUCUCUCUCUCUCUCUCUCUCUCUCUCUGUGAAAGUAAGAACAAUGCUAAGGAUUGCUAAAUAGAAUGAGACUGAUCAAAAAUGAAAAUGGAAUUACAUAUAUGAGAAUAAGAAAGAGUGAGAAAGGAUGAAGUGAAAAUGACAUAUAAUGAAUGAUGGGGAGAGAGAGAAUGAGGUAUCACUCCUUUGUCCCUUAUCUCUGACAGAUAAUGUGGAGAAGAGGUGACAGAGAGGGAUGUUUGAGACAAGACAAAAGAAGGGAGAGGAAAGGAAAAAAAAGGGAGGAAGGGACAGGCACUGGAUAGAUAAGCAGUGGCUCGCACAGCUGGUGAGUUAGUCUUGCAAGUUUUAGUUUGUUAUUCUGAUUAAAUUUGUAUUAAAAUUUUAGUGCUCACACAAAUGGCAAGUUUAUCUUGCCAAUUUUGGUUCAUUAUUCCGAUUAAAUAUUUAUUGAAAUUUUAGUGUAUUAUUGCAAUUGUAUAUUAUGACGAUUGUGUGUUGUCACAUAUUCUACUGUAUUACCACAAAUAUUACAACAAAUAAAAUAUCUUUAUAAGGCUUA